CACACGGGCACACACAUGUACGCACACAGCCACACUCAUUGAAAAAGUCGGAGAAUUGUGUGGGAAAAAAAAUCGUCUAUAACUAACUACGAAACGCGCAAAUUGUGCAAAUGCGGAUGCCCAGUAGCAAAGGCAAAGUGAACGUUUGAUAAUUGCGGGUGCGCUGGCUGUUUGGGCAGCUGAAAAUUCAUGUUGUCGCUGUAACGCAGCGCAGUGAGUGUAUGUGUGUGCAUGUGCGUGUGUGUGUGAAGAGUGAAACCUACAACUUUACUCCCCAAACCAACAGCCACACCAACAACAACGACAACAACAACAACAACAGCAGCAGCAGCGCAGCAGUGUUGAGAGAAAAGAUGGCGACGAGUCGCACCAGUCGCAUACAAUCACAACCAAAAAUUUUUCCUUCAAUCUUUUCCAAAUUACAUGGAGCCAUCUCAGAGGCAUGCGUCUCACAGCGCCUGUCGACGGACAAGAAGACGCUGGAGAAAACGUGGAAACUGAUGGACAAGGUGGUCAAAUUGUGUCAACAGCCGAAAAUGAAUUUAAAAAACAGUCCACCCUUCAUAUUGGACAUACUGCCCGACACGUAUCAGCGUUUGCGUUUAAUAUAUUCCAAAAACGAGGAUCAAAUGCAUCUGCUGCACGCCAACGAGCACUUCAAUGUCUUCAUCAAUAAUCUAAUGCGUAAAUGCAAACAGGCCAUCAAAUUGUUCAAGGAGGGCAAGGAGAAAAUGUUUGACGAGAACUCACAUUAUCGCCGCAACUUGACCAAACUUAGUUUGGUCUUCUCUCACAUGCUCAGCGAGCUGAAAGCUAUCUUUCCCAACGGUGUCUUUGCGGGCGAUCAGUUUCGAAUCACCAAGGCGGAUGCAGCCGAUUUCUGGAAGAGUAACUUUGGCAACAGUACAUUGGUGCCUUGGAAGAUAUUCCGUCAGGAGCUGAAUAAGGUGCAUCCGAUAUCGUCAGGGCUGGAGGCGAUGGCCCUGAAAACGACCAUAGAUCUGACGUGCAAUGAUUAUAUAUCGAAUUUUGAAUUCGAUGUAUUCACGCGUCUAUUUCAGCCGUGGGUCACAUUGCUACGCAACUGGCAAAUCCUGGCCGUCACCCAUCCCGGCUAUGUGGCCUUUCUCACCUACGAUGAGGUGAAGGCGCGCCUGCAGCGCUACAUACACAAGGCAGGCAGCUAUGUGUUUCGUUUAUCCUGCACACGCCUCGGCCAAUGGGCCAUUGGCUACGUGACGGCAGAUGGCGAAAUAUUGCAAACAAUACCGCAAAACAAAUCGCUGUGCCAGGCGCUGCUCGAUGGGCAUCGCGAGGGCUUUUACUUAUAUCCCGAUGGCCAGGCCUACAAUCCGGAUCUGUCGUCUGCCGUGCAAAGUCCAACCGAGGAUCACAUAACGGUCACACAAGAGCAAUACGAGCUGUACUGUGAAAUGGGCAGCACCUUUCAGCUAUGCAAAAUCUGCGCCGAGAACGAUAAGGAUAUACGCAUCGAGCCCUGCGGUCAUUUGCUGUGCACGCCCUGUCUCACCGCCUGGCAGGUGGACUCGGAGGGACAGGGCUGCCCGUUUUGUCGUGCGGAGAUCAAGGGCACCGAACAGAUCGUUGUGGAUGCCUUCGAUCCGCGCAAGCAGCACAAUCGGAAUGCAACGAAUGGACGACAACUGCAGCAGGACGAUGACGAUACAGAGGAUAUGGGCGACUUCAAUAUAGCCACCUCGUCGUUGCACGCGCUCAGCACCUCGGCUGCGUCACAGUCCUCCGUGGAGAAGCAUAGUCCGCACACCUCGCCGCGCCUGGGCAGACGCAGCACCACGCCCAGCCUGAUGGCAGUGCAAAAUGAUCUUUAUGCCGGCGGCACGCCAGCUCUCAGCCUGCCCAGCGGCAGCAGCAGCUGCAGCAGCAGCAUCAGCGGCGGCUCCUCCUCCACAACCAACUGCAACCAGCAGCAGCCGCAGCCCUCGGCGCCGCCUGCCGCCACAGUCAUCAGCAAUGGCAGCGGCAGCAGCAACAACAACAGCAGCAGCAGCUCCAACACGCAGAAGACAACAAAUCGGAUGAGCGCACCGUUGAUUGGCUCCAGUGUGAUCAACUCGACCUAUGGCCAGAAGUUGCCCAGCAAAACGGACAGCGGCUCGGCCGGCGACACGGCCUCCAUUAGCUCCUAUGCCAUACUACAGAAUCUGCAGGAUGGCGCCAGCUCCAGCGCAACAGCAGCAGCAGCAGCAGCUGGUGGAGGAGGAGGAGGAGCUGCUGCUGUGGCACCGCCGCUGCCGCCGCGCAAAUCACCCGGCAUGGAGACGCCCGUCAAGCCAAACAGCGCGAUACCCUCGAGCAGCAAGAGCAUCGACAACAUCCAGUGCAGCCUGGACAAUGUGCCGCCACUGACAACGGCGCCGCCCAUACCGCCGCACGUGAGCAGCAGCGUGGACACCUUGGCGGAGGAUUUGAUGCGACAGCAGCGCAUUGCGAGCAGCACCACGUCGCCGGUGCUGUCGCUGCUGGACGAGAUGAUGGUCGAGGUGGGACCGGCGGAGACCAUCAGCGGCGUCAUCGACACACGUCCGCUGGAGGCGCGCGGCACGCUGCCCGCCAACAACAGCAGCAGCAGCGGCAACAGCAGCAGCAGCAGUGGCUGCAGUGGAGUCCAGGAUGCGGCCAGUUCGCACUAUACGCAACUGUGCACCACAACGACCAGUGCGGCGGCUCUGGCGGCAGCCGCUGCGCUGGCCAAUGGCAAGAAGAUGACGCUGAAGCAGCCAACGCCAGCUGCCCAACAGCCGUUGCUCUAUGCGAACGUGACGAUCAAUCAAAAAGACUGUGCCGGCACUGUGCCCUACGAGAAUAUCAAUCUGGAGUAUAUAGCGCGCCUGAUGAACGCCGGCUACUCCAAGGAGAAUGCCAUCACGGCGCUGGGCAUCUCGCGCAACAACAUCGAAAUGGCUGGCGAUAUAUUGCGUGAGUUUGUCUCCAAGAAUAGCGUCUAGGGAGCCACGCCCCCGCCCGCCCCUAAAACACAGUGUGAUGCCCGCCCGGAGGAGCAGCGAUAGCAACUGUCGCCUUGCUGAUUAUGAUGAAGAAGAUGAUGAUGAUGAUGAUGAUAUGAUCCCAGAACAAAGCAAAAGGCAGCUGAUAAAUCAUAAGCAUAAUUUGAAGCUCUCUCUCUCUCUCUCUCUCAAUCUAUAUAAAUAUUUAUAUAUAUCUAUAUAUAUAUAUGACUUUCUCCAACUCGCUUUAAGAGCACCACGCCCCCCUCCCUUCCUCUCCACCCACACACACACACACACACCUCAUCUAGAUUAACGCUAAGUUAGCAGCCCAAUAAACACACUCACAUACACACACACACGCACACCCAUUUUUGGCGUAGCCAGCACAAGCAAUUAGGCGUAAAAAAUUCGUUCGUUCUCUUUAAAGAAAAUAUUUAAUAAUAAAAAAAAAAAUAAAUAUAUAUAUUUGAAACAUCGUCAAAUUCUCACACUAUUUAAAGCAAACAAAUUAAGCACAGCCCAUUUAUAUCAAAUAUAUAGCUAUAUAAACACGUAUAUUAAGACGUAUUUACUUCCUAUUAAGAAAACCAAAAAAAAAAAGAAAAAAAACAGCGAAUUAAAAUCAAAAAGCGCAAGAGAAAUAUACUUAACGUAACAAAUAAUUGCCCACCCCGAAUGAACUAAAAAUUUAUAUUAUGCUCUCUUACCAAACAAAAGAGAAGAACCAUUAACACCCCAACACACACACACGCACACGCACAGGCUCAUAGCGCCCCAGAGCGCAAAGGCAAACAAUUUUACGUGGUGCAUCGGCAAUCAUGAGUAAAUACACAGAAAUCGUUCCACAAAUUCAUGCCGCACACAUUAUAGACAUUAUUAUAAAAUGCCUUUGAUGCCAAUUCAGUGACUUGGCCCUGAGUUUUCUUAACCGUUUUAGCAAUAUUACCAAAUACAAAAAAUAAAAAAAAACACCAAAGCAAAUCCGAUGCACUAUCAAAGUUUACCUCGAUUUUUUAUACAAAACUCAAUGUUUUUUGUAAUAGUAUAUUUGUAAGUUUAUGCAAU